AUGCCUGUAACCGAAAAGGAUAACUCGGAUGUGUUGCAGGCAUUUCCACGGCAAAGCGACAUGGUCAAUGCAAAAGAAGCCGAAACGUUCCAAAACAACCAUCCAGUCAAAUCUGAGGACGAAGGUAUAAAUACGCAGACCUUGAAAUCUCCUACUGAAGAUAUUGCGGAUGCCCAAGAGUUUUUUCACGAUGUGAAGAAAACAUAUGCACAUGAUCCCUCUGUGUUGGAAGAUCUCCUCCAUAUCUUUCACAAUUACGUCUUCAAGCACACUGCGUUUCAGACCACAUACUCGCAAGUUGUAUCCUUACUCAAAGACAAUCCACAUCUUAUCACCCGAUUCAACAAUUUCCUCCUCGUACCUCCAAACUUGGCUGCGGGAUCAAUCACAAGCGUCUACGGUCAUGAUGCGAAAGUUGCGGAUGUUCAGAGCCAUGAUUCAGAUGCUGUGAUUGACGUUUUGGGGAGAUACAAUGCAAAAACGAUGGGCGAAAAUGAAGCGCCAAAAGAAGUUCACAUAUCGGAAGUUCAAGGAUUUGCUGACCGUCCCCCUCCACCGCAGGCUCAAUCGACAUCUGAAUUUUCAGAUGAGGAGGAGGAGAAUCCUGAAACGCAAGCCCUCCGUGCCCUCAUCAAGUCUGCUUCUCGAUCGCUAUAUUUUGUGAACGUCUACCAGUACCUUCACGAAUUCGUCUGCAACCCGUACGAGUGGCCAUAUAACACAUCUUUCAGGGAAAUCUGCAGCGAUAAGGACAAUAUCCUCUCCAUGCUCAGCCCAGUCUCGUACACUCCAGCUCUCGCACCUCGCUACUUGAAGAUCCUCCAUGAUGCCUAUGUGCACUGCCAGGAAAUCUUUGAUCAUUGGAGCCGAGCAAUUUCCAACAAUGAUGGGUAUUUGUAUUGUGCUUGGGCUCAAUACAUUGCAGGAUACACGGGAAUGGAUCUGGACAAGUUCUUGCGAGAGUACUCUAUUUUCGACUGGAGAGUUGGAGAACACGGGAAACAGUAGAUUAAGCGGAA